AAGAAAAAAAGGAAAAGGGGCGGGGUUAUGUUGGAGCCAAAUUCCCUGAAAGGGGUUUUCGUUGUUGCACUUAAAAGCAAGCUCGGGAAUUAAAAGUGCUCAAGACUGCAUCUGACUACAAAAAGGCUACAAUUACCAAGGAGAGUGUUUGCAGCAGUAAUCAUGGAUUCUGGAGAAGACCAAAACAACACAGGCACCACCAAUGGAAACCCCCAGACAAGUGGGAACUCCCGCACAACCCAGAUAGCCCACAUGUCUUUGUAUGAGAGACAAGCUGUGCAGGCUCUCCAAGCACUUCAAAGACAGCCAAAUGCAGCUCAGUACUUCCAGCAACUCAUGCUGCAGCAGCAGAUCAGUAGUGCCCAAUUGCAUAAUCUGGCUGCAGUGCAACAGGCAACUCUUGCAGCCAGUCGCCAGUCUAAUACCCCAAGUAACAGCAUGUCACAGGCAGCUACCACUGUCAACCUAAGCACCACAUCUGCUGGAGGGACUAUGACCAAUCCUCGUCCCCAUGGUCCAGCCACUUCUGCAGCAACAACUGCUCUCAACCAGUCAGUGCUGCUUGGUGGGAACUCACCUGGACAGGGACAGAUGUAUCUGAGAGUAAACCGCUCUCUCAGGGCUCCUCUCGCCUCUCAGUUUAUCUUCAUGCCUGGUGGUACAGCAACAGCUACUGUAGCAACUGUUGCUCAAACUCAGCCCCCACAACAACAACAGCAGCAGCAGCAACAUGAAGUUGCACCCACAAAUGCCAGCACCCAGUCUGACAAUGACCAGGUGCAAAACCUCGCCCUACACCACGCUUCCACUACCAGAACAGUCGCCGUCAAGUCUGAGCUUCCAGAGAGGAAAGAUGCCACCAGCUUUCCCAUCAGCCAGCAGCAGCAGCAGCAGCAGCAAACGUUCUCCCAGACAGCUCAGCAGCAAGUACAACCACAACAGCAACAACAAAUGGCCAAACCGUUCACCCAGCAGUCGACUGCCAAUAUGUCUGUAAAGACUGGAAACCAGGCCACCAUGGCAGUUACUCCAGCUGUUUCUGUAGCUCCUUCCUCCACCUCAUCUACAGCACUCCCUCUCUCCCAGCUCCUCCUGUCCCCCUCUGCUGCCCCUGUGAUCUUAGUACCAACAUCCAAUGUUCCUACCUCCACCCAGGGCUACCCCAUUGGCUCAGUGACACCAAAAGCCAAUGUGAACACACAGACUCUGGUGGUGCAACCCCUGCAACAGGCCAGUGCUACCACAGACAAAGGCCCUGUCCCUAUCCAGCCCAAGACAGCUCAAGGACACCGCUUACCUGUGCAGCUGCCUCCUCGACACCCUCCUCCCAUACUCCCAGCACCACCAAGCAGCAGCCAGGCUGCCGCUGGUGGACACAAUCCUCCCCACAUCCCUGUGCAGCUCGUGGGAGCAAGGCAGAACGUAGCAGGAAGUGCACAGGCUGUAGCAUUGGCACAGACACGAGUUCACGAACAUACGAGUGGGAAUAUCGGCACAACCUCCAACAAUGGCAAUAUGACAAAGCCUGCUGUUGGUUCUCUGAAGAGAAAAUCAGACUGUGAUGCAUCAAAUGAGAUGGCAUCUGAAUCUGUAGACUCAGUGCCAAUCAAGGAUUCGGCUCCUCCUUUAUCUCCUGCUCCAACAAAGGACUCAGCUCCUCCUGCAGCCGCUGCCUUUUCAUCUCCUCCCACUUUGUCCUUGCCUUUGCCCUUGUCGAGAGUUGGACAUGGGGACAAAGACAGGGCUCCUGUCCCCCAGGCCGUGGUCAAGCCUCAAGUUCUCACACAUCUCAUCGAGGGUUUUGUGAUUCAAGAAGGAGCUGAGCCAUUCCCUGUUGCUGGUCUCCUCAAAGACAGAGAUUUUGCACUUGUUGGCCGUUCAGAGAAUGGACCUCCAUUGCUAAAGUGUGAGUAUUGUGGAAGCCUUGCACCUGCCAGCCAAUUCAGAGGAACAAAGAGAUUCUGCUCAAAUACCUGUGCCAAGAGGUAUAAUGUGAGCUGCAGCCAGCACUUCAAAACAAGCAGAGGGAGAAGUGGUGCAGGACUGGCAUCUCCUCCAGGUCCCACUGAGAGCACUGUGAGGCGCCGGGGUACUCCUCGCAGGAGCAGCUCUGAGAUCAGCUGUAAUAAAAUACCAAGCAGGCAUCUACCUGUCAAGUGUCACUCUGAGUCCAGUCGAUCAGAGGACGCAUCCAGCGAUGGAGAAGAGGAUGAUUCUCCCUCUUUAUCUCCGAGCUCCUCACACUCCUGUUCACGAGCGGACCACAGCGCUCCACCGUCGGACAGCUCCGCCCCCGGCAGCCUGCCGCUGGAGGUGGGGAACUUCCUCUCAUCGACCCCAGCACAGUGGAGUGUGGAAGAAGUGUGCAGGUUUAUCUCUUCACUCCAAGGCUGCGAGGAACUGGCCGCUCAGUUUCUGUCACAGGAAAUAGACGGACAGGCUCUGCUGCUCCUGCGAGAGGAUCAUCUCAUUUCCACUAUGAACAUCAAGCUGGGACCUGCUCUCAAGAUCUGUGCCUCCAUCAACAGCCUGCGUGAGUGAUACAGGCCAGUGGGUCUGUAUGUCACUGAGGACUUCGUAUUGGAAUCGGCAUUUGGUUCGUUUAUUAGUAGGAAGUUCAUGUAUAAGACUGAUUUAAGAGGAGAGUGUGUGGAUGUUUUUACAUUACAAUGAUGCAUGUGGAGACAUGCAGAUGGACAGUUAUUUUUGAUUUUUGGACAGUGAAUGUGCAAAAAAAGAUAAGGUUUUUUUUUAUGCAUAAUGUAUGAGUGGUGAGCAUUGACAGUCAGUAGCAAGAAGUUUUAGUGUUUGUCACCGUCAGUAGAGCCUGCAGUAAUCAGCCUUAGGUUUUCACACUAGGACAGUUCACUUGUUGGGUCAAAAAAGAAAGGUUGCCUUCUUACUGUAUUUCAAAUGGUGCUUCAAUUUUAGUUGUAUGAUUCAGUGAUGUCGACAACAACAGUCCAUUUAAAUAUUUCUUCUAGUAGUUUUUUCCUACCAUAGAUGUUAAAUCCAGGUUGCAAUCACAUAGAGCAAAGGACACUCAAAAGCCUGGUGUUUUAAUUAGUUCAUUUUACCAGUUAUUAUUAAAGUUUAGUUUUCUAUCUUUUCCAUUUUGUACUACAAUCAAAGUUAUUUUUUCAUGGAUACAAUAUAGUUUUAGUAGCUUUAAUCAACCUAACUACCUGAAAAUAGGUAUUCCUCAUGGUUUGCUCUUGUAAGGGCUGAGUGGAAGUGCUCUGUGUACAUGUAUGCAGUACUGCCAAUAAACAAUACCUGUUACUGGAA